AUGUCUUACCACUGCGCCACGGGGAUAUAUGAAGUCAGACGGUCAAGACAACAUUUGAGAGAGACGGGUCCUGUUGGUCUUGUACCCCCAGAGACGGGUCCUGCUGGUCCUGUACCCCCAGAGACGGGUCCUGCUGGUCCUGUACCCCCAGAGACGGGUCCUGCUGGUCUUGUACCCCCAGAGACGGGUCCUGCUGGUCCUGUACCCCCAGAGACGGGUCCUGCUGGUCCUGUACCCCCAGAGACGGGUCCUGUUGGUCUUGUACCCCCAGAGACGGGUCCUGCUGGUCCUGUACCCCCAGAGACGGGUCCUGCUGGUCCUGUACCCCCAGAGACGGGUCCUGCUGGUCCUGUACCCCCAGAGACGGGUCCUGCUGGUCCUGUACCCCCAGAGACGGGUCCUGCUGGUCCUGUACCCCCAGAGACGGGUCCUGCUGGUCCUGUACCCCCAGAGACGCCAAACACACAGACACAAAUCCUGGGUCAACAUUUCCACUUCUUCCGCGUCAAAUAA